CUGCCGAUAGCGUUGGGAGAAAGAGAUUGUGCCUCUUUCUCCGAUUUAAGAGCCCCCAAUUUCAAGAGAACCCCAACAAUGGUCGCCGGCAAAGUGAAAUCCGUAAUGGGUCUGCAAAAAACUCCGCCCACCAAAAACAAACCCAAGGCCCCUGACGCAGCCACCAAGCCGAGCUCAGCCAAGCACCACCAGCAGCAGCAGCAGCAGCAGCAGCAGAAGGGAUCCGGCGCCGCCAUCUCCCGCUCCUUCGGCGUCUACUUCCCACGCGCCUCCGCCCAGGUCCAGCCCCGCCCGCCCGACGUCUCCGAGCUCCUCCGCCUGGUCGAGGAGCUGCGGGACAGCGAGUCGCGGCUGAAAACGGAACUGCUCGAGCAGAAGCUUCUCAGGGAGUCCGUCGCCAUUGUUCCCGUCCUGGAGGAAGUGAUCUCCGGCAAGGACUCGGAGAUCGAGCGGUCGAGGAAGAAGAUCGAGUGCCUGGAAGAGGAGAACGAGAGGCUGAGGCAGGAGAACGAGUUUCUGCACGUCGAAUUGUCGAAACAGAACCACAAGUAUGAAGAGAAAAUCCGAGACAUGCAGGCCGAGCUACUGGAGAUCAAGAGAAUGGCGGAGGAGAGAGAAAGAGAGAGUGAAGAGGCAUCGUCGUCUUCGUCCUCCUCGCCUACCGCGAAACUCCAUGAUUUGACCAGUAACAACAAAUCUAGUUUUUCCACUAGGUGUUUGAGAAAAUGCGCGACUCAGAUUAACGGCGCUGCGGCCGCGUUUCUGGAGAACACGACGAUUGCGAAUCUGAAGAGCGAAACGGAGGUGAAAAGGGAAGAGGAUUUUCCAGAAGCUUCCGAUGGGUUACUCGGAACAAGAUCCCGUGCUCCACGCGUGCCUAAACCGCCGCCACGGCCGUCGGCGUCCCUCUUGUCGUCAAUUACUUCAUCCUCUCCCAAGUGCCUGUCGUCCUCUGUCUCAUCACCUUCGUACGGUUCUCUAUCCGAAUCGGCGUACCGUGCGUUGAUCGAGAUGUCCGGCUUUCAUCCGCCACCACCUCCGCCACCACCGCCGGCGUCUGCGGCGAAACUCACCGCUCCCCCUCCGCCCCCGCCCCCUCCUCCUCGUCCGUCGAAAAUUGCCGCGCCUCCUGCUCCGCCCCCACCGCCGCCGGCUCCGCUCAAGGGGCUGAAGCCCAUGCCAUCGAAAGUAAGGAGAGUGCCGGAGGUGGUGGAGUUUUAUCACUCGCUGAUGAAGAGGGAUUCGAAUUACCGGCGGGAUGCUGGCGGUGGCCCGGCCGACUCGCAGGCGGCGGGUUCGACGGCCAAGGACAUGAUAGGGGAAAUCGAGAACCGCUCUGCACAUUUACUAGCUAUUAAAACAGACGUGGAGACUCAAGGGGAUUUCAUUAGGUUCUUGAUUAAAGAAGUUGAGGGUGCAAUAUUCACAGAUAUUGAGGAUGUUGUUCCUUUUGUGAAAUGGCUUGAUGAUGAGCUGUCUUACCUGGUUGAUGAAAGGGCAGUUUUGAAGCAUUUCGAUUGGCCGGAAAAGAAGGCGGAUGCAUUAAGAGAAGCUGCAUUUGGGUACCGUGAUCUAAAGAAGCUGGAAGCUGAAGUAUCGUCCUUUCGAGAUGACAGAAGACAACCUUGCAGUCAUGUCCUCAAGAAAAUACAGUCUUUGUUUGAGAAAUUGGAGCAUGGAGUGUAUAACCUGUCAAGAGUGAGAGAAUCAGCUGCAGAGAAAUACAAAAGCUUCCAUAUUCCCGUGAAUUGGAUGUUGGAUACGGGUUAUGUAAGCCAGAUCAAGCUGGCAUCCGUGACAUUGGCCAUGAAGUACAUGAAGAGAGUCUCGGCUGAGCUUGAAAUGGUCGGUGGUGGUCCUGAAGAAGAAGAGCUUAUUGUCCAAGGCGUAAAAUUUGCCUUCAGAGUACAUCAGUUUGCAGGCGGUUUUGAUGUUGAGACAAUGAGAGCAUUUCAAGAGCUGAGGGAUAAAGCUCGUUCGUGCAAUGCGCAGUUAACAAAUCAGCAUCAGCACAAGUUUGUAGUUUGCAAAUCAUCUGCUGCUAGUCUGUAGCAAACUCUGGCUUUCAGAAAUGCUACCUGCAUUUUUUUUUUUUUUGGUUGUGAGGAAAUUGGAACUUAAAUUAAAUGAUGAUGUGUGAAUAGUGAAAUGGGGAGGCAUUUGUUUUGUUUGGUAUAAUUUAUAUAUAAGUUAAUUCAAACAAAUUGGUAGAGUAAACUUGUGAGUUGUGACAGUGAGUUGUUUUGAAUGCUAGAGUACUUUGGUUGGGCAGUUUUCUUGGAGAAAAUUGAUGUUGAGAUCAAGCUGAAAGUGUGUAACUAUCCAUUAGACAGUUGCUAGAGGGUAUGCUGUUGUGGAAGUAUAUAAUUUUGUGAAAUAGUAAAAAGGACUGUUGUGGAAAGUAUAUAAUUUUGUGAAAUAGUAAAAAGGAGCUGUCG